GUCCCCGUACAGCAAUACACCAAUUGGUGGUCUGCCAUAGAACUUUCAAGAACAAGGUAGCUUUCUAAACAAGCGACGAUAAGCCUGCUGUUAAUCGACAAAUUGGCCUGAUAUGGCUGCUAUCAGACCAUUUGAGAUGGAGCGUCCAAGACACCGUCCGUUUCUGAUUGGUGUUAGCGGAGGAACUGCCAGUGGCAAGUCUACCGUAUGUGCCAAAAUCAUGGAGUUACUGGGCCAGAACAAGGUGGACCAUCAUCAGAGGAAAGUUGCUAUCGUCAGCCAAGACAGUUUCUACAGAGUCUUGACACUUGACCAGAAGGCCAAGGCACUCAAGGGCCAGUACAACUUUGACCACCCAGAUGCUUUUGACAACGAGUUGAUGUACCAAACCCUGAAGGAUAUUGUGGAAGGGAGUGUGGUGGAGGUGCCGACAUAUGACUUUGUCACGCAUUCCAGGCUGCAGGACAGGAUCAUGGUGUACCCGGCUGAUGUGGUUCUGUUUGAGGGCAUUCUGGUAUUCUACUCUCAGGAAGUGAGGGACAUGUUUCACAUGAAGCUCUUUGUGGACACUGACUCUGAUGUCAGGCUUUCCCACAGAGUUCUGCGGGACAUGAAGAGGGACAGAGACCUGGAGCAGAUCCUUAACCAGUACACUACGUUUGUCAAGCCAGCCUUCGAGGAGUUCUGUUUACCUACCAAGAAAUAUGCAGAUGUAAUUAUUCCUAGAGGAGUUGACAACAUGGUGGCCAUCAACCUCAUCGUGCAGCACAUCCAAGACAUCCUGAAUGGGGACCUCUGUAAGUGGCAGCAUGGAGGAGUGGUGAACGGGCACAGCCGUGGCUUCAAGCGGGCCUUCUCGGAGCAGGGGGACCUGGACAACGCCACAUCCAACCUUCCCCUAGGGAAGAGGGUCCUACUGGAGCCGAGCAGUCGCCCCCACUGAGGCAGCCAUCUCUGACUGACAGUCUACUUCUAUAUACACUUUCCUAAUAUUGAGUUGCACCCCCUUUUGCCAUCAGAACAACCUCAAUUCGUUGGAGCAUGGACUCUACAAGGUGUUGUAUGCAUUCCACAGGGAUGCUGGCCCAUGUUGACUCCAAUGCUUCCCACAGUUGUGUCAAGUUGGCUGGAUGUCCUUUGGGUGGUGGACCAUUCUUGACACACACGGGGAACUGUUGAGCUUGAAAAACCCAGCAGCGUGGCAGUUCUUGACACACUUAAACCAGUGAGGCCGGCACCUACUACCAUACCCCGUUCAGAGGCACUUAAAUAUUUUGUCUUGCCCAUUCACCCUCUGAAUGGCACACAAACAAUCUGCCUCAAGGCUUAAAUCCUUCUUUAACCUGUCUUCUCCCCUUCAUCUACACUGAUUGAAGUGGAUUUAACAAGUGACAUCAAUAAUAGAUCAUAAUAUUCACCUGGUCAGUGUAAUUUAAAGAGCAGGUGUUCCUAAUGUUUUGUUCACUCAGUAUAUAUACAGAAAGUAUUCACACCCCUUGAUUUAUUCCACAUGUUGUUAGCCUGAAUUCAAAAUGUAUUCAAUUCUACACACAACACCCCAAAAGGACAAAGUGAAAACAUGUUUAGACAUCUUUACAAGUGUAUUGAAAAUGAAAUACAGAAAUCUCAUUUACAUAAUUAUUAAUUUUCAAGUCUUGCCAUAGAUUUAAGCAAUUUAAGUCAAAUAUAACUAGGCUACUCAGGAACAUUCAAUAUCAUUUUGGUAAGCAACUCUAGUGAAUAUUUAGCCGUUUAAAGUUAUUGUCCUGCUGAAAGGUGAAUUUGUCUCCCAGUAUCUGUUGGAAAGCAGACUAAAACAGGUUUUCCUCUAGGAUUUUGUCUGUGCUUAGCUCUAUUCAGUUUUUAUUUUGUCCUAAAAAAAUCCCCAGUCCUUGCCAAUGACAAGCAUACCCAUAACAUAAUUCAGCCACAAUAUGCUUGAAAAUAUACUGAACAAAAAUAUAAACAUAACUUGCAACAAUUUUAAAGAUGACGGAUUUACAGUUCAUAUAAGGAAAUCAGUCACUUGAAAUAAAUUCAUUAGGCACUCAUCUAUGGAUUUCACAACUGGGAAUACAGAUAUGCAUCUGUUGGUCAUAGAUACCUAAAAACAAAGGUAGCGGUGUAGAUCAGAAAACCAGUCAGUGUCAGGUGUCACCAUUUGCCUCAUGCAGCGUGACACAUCUCCUUUGAAUAGAGUUGGCUAUUGAUUGUGGCCUAUGGAAUUUUGUGCCACUCAAUGGCUGUGCGAUAUUGGUGGGGGCAGGAACACGUUGUCGUACACUUCGAUCCAGAGCAUCUGAAACGUGUUCAAUGGGUGACAUGUCUGGUGAGUAUGCAGGCCAUGGAAGAACUGGGACAUUUUCAGCUUCCAGGAAUUAUGUACAGAUCCUUGCGACAUAGGGCCAUGCAUUAUCAUGCUGAAAUGUGAUGGCGGCGGAUGAAUGGCAUGACAACGGGCCUUAGGAUCUCAUCACGGCAUCUCUGCAUUCAAAUUGCCAUUGAUAAAAUGCAAUUGUGUUUGUUGUCUGUAGGUUAUGCCUGCCCAUUCGAUAACCCCACUGCCACCAUGGGGCACUCUGUUCACAACGUUGACGUCAGGAAACCACUCUCUUAUGGUAGAAGUAUGAACAUUAAAUUCCCUGGCUGCAGUCAGCAUGCCAAUUGCACUCUCCCUCAACUUGAGAAAUCUGGAAUUGUUUUGUUACCAAACCACAUUUUAGAGUGGCCUUUUAUUAUCCCCAGCACAAGGUGCACCUGUGUAAUGAUCAUGCCGUUUAGUAAGCUUCUUGACAUGCAACACCUGACAGGUGGAUGGAUUAUCUUGGCAAAGGAGAAGUGUUUACUAAAAGUGAUUUAAACAAAUUUGUGCACCACAUUGAGAUCAUAUUUCAGCUCAUGAAACAUGGGACCAACACUUUACAUGUUGCGUUUGUUUUUGUUCAGUGUAUGAAUAGUGAUACCGAGUGAUGUGCUGUGUUGGAUUUACCCCAAACAUGAUGUUUUGUAUUCAAGACCAAGUUAAUUUGUUUGCUGCAGUUUUACUUUAGCGCCUGACUGCAAACAGGAGUGUUUUUGGAAUAUUUUUAUUCUACACAGGCUUCCUUUUCACUCUUUCCACUCAUUUAGGUUAGUAUUGUGAAGUAACUAAUGUUGAUCCAUCCUCAGUUCUGCUUUCACAGCCAUUAAACUAACUGUUUUAAAGUCACCAGCCAAUGGGUGUGAAAGCAGAACUGAGGAUGGAUUAACAUUAGUUACUUCACAAUACUAACUGGGUGAAAUCCCUGAGCGGUUUCCUUCCUCUCUGCCUACUUAGUUAGCAAGGACGCCUGUAUCUUUGUGGUGACUGUGUCAUUAAUAACUUCACUAUGCUCAAAAUGACAUUUAAUGUCUGCAUUUAAAACGUUUACCCAUCUACCAAUAGGUGCCCUCCUUUGCAAGGCAUUGGAAAACAUCCUUGGUCUGUGGUAAUUGUAUGUGUGGGGUACAGAGAGUUAGUCAUUAAAAAAAUCAUGCUAGACACUUAUUGCACACAAUGAAUCCAUGCAACAUAUGUGACUUAAGUACAUUUUUAGUCCUGGACUUAUUUAGGGUUGCCAUAACAAAAGGGAUGAAUACUUGGAUUGAACAGGUGACAUAACUUUGACAUUUUGGGGUAUUGUAUUUAGGCUGUAACACAGGGGUGUCACUCAUUCCAUGGAGGGCCUAGUGUCUGCUGUUUUUUUGUUUCUCCUUUCAGUUAAGACAACCAGGUGAGGGGAGUUCCUUACUAAUCAGUGAUCUUAUUUCAUCAAUCAAGUAUAAGGGAGGAGCAAAACCCCGCAGACAUUCAGCCCUCCGUGGAAUGAGUUUGAUACGUGCUUUAACAAAAUGUGGAAAAAGUCCAGGGGUGUGAAUACUUUCUGAAGGCACUGUGUGUAUAUUUAUGUAUUUGUGUGAAUAUGUAUAUAUUAUGUGUGUAUAUAUAUAUAUAUAUAGUGUGUUGGAUUUGAGCAUUGAUGCUUUUACUGACAUGUUCUGGGAGAGAUGGGGAGACUAGCCUACCCUUAACUCACCCUUGUCACCUGCAGACUGCAGAGCAUCCAGUCAGAUCGGGAAGUCUGGAGGAAAAUGAGUCUGACACAUCAGUAAUGAUUCAUUAGUAUAUUACUGAAAUAGAUACCAUUGAAACAGAGCAACCACAGGUACAUAAUACAACUCUUCCACUUUUUAAUCACUCUGCCUUCUAUGUGACUUUUUACCCUGCGGUGGCUUGACUACCUCUGUGGCGAAAAUAGGAGUGAGGGUGAGAUGAAGGAAGGAAAGCUGUCCUUAUAAUGUUAGUUUCAAGUUCAUGUGUGUUUUGAUUUUGGCUUUGCACAUUGUGUUUUACCUGUUGGGCUUUCACAGCCAACAACUAGUAAUGCAGUAGACUUCAUGUACUACCAUGAUUCACUGUCUUUGUUUCAUACUGAACAAAUAUAUAAAUGCAACAUGUAUCAAGAUGCUUGAUACAUAAUAUAUUAUAAUCUGAUUUCUACAUGUAUCGAAUAUUAUAGACAAAUGAAGGAUUUCAUACAAUAUGUAUCACAUUUUAAGCAUUCUUUAGACUUUGCUUCAUGAACUGUAUAUUUGUUGGAUCAUUCUUCAAUGCCAAGGUAAAUUCAUGCCUUAACUUGCCUUUAUUUUGUAAAGCAUUUUCCAAUGACCAUGAUAUUUAAGAAAUAUUAAAUAUAUUACGUUCACUAUCA